AAAAAAAAACAAACAGCAUAUUUUACCAAGCCAAAGCAGUCAGCGGAGAGAAGCCGUACGUUGAAAUAAAGGCAGAAUAACCAAUGCUUUAGUUUGUUAAUCAGAGAUGGACCGACGGCGGAAGCAGCUGGUGGGGGUUUUAAAAACUGAAACGAAGCUGCGAGGAGAAGCUUUACCUUCAGAUGUCCAGAAAGUGAUUGUUGGUGAAGAACAUCAGCAGGAAUGGAGCUCCAGUCUGGACCAGGAGGACACAAAGCCCCCACACAUUAAAGAGGAACAGGAGGAACUCUGGACCAGUCAGGAGAGGGAGCAGCGUCAAGGGCUGGAGGAGGCUGAUAUCACCAAGUUCACAUUCACUCUUGUCCCUGUAAAGAGUGAAUAUGAUGAAGAAAAACCUCAUUCCUCACAACUUCAUGAAAGACAACCUGAACAGAUGAAAACAGAAGCUGAUGGAGAGGACUGUGGAGGACCAGCACCAGUCAGACACUCUGAUCCAGACAGACAUUUACAGCCAGAUACUGACAAGACUGGAGACUCUUCUGAACCUGAGACUGAUAGGAGUGGUGAUGGGAAGGAGACCAGAAAAAUUCAGUCAGAUUUAAACUCUCUGAAUAGUGAUCAAAUAUGUAGUACUGGUGAGAAACAAUUUAGCUGCUCUGGGUGUGGAAAAAGAUUUGGCACCUAUAAACAUUUGAAGAGACACAUGAUAUCUCAUACAGGAGAGAAACCAUUUAGCUGCUCCAUCUGUGAGAAAUAUUUUGCAUUGAGACAACGUUUACAGGCACACAUGAGAAUCCACACAGGAGAGAAACCAUUUAGCUGCUCCACCUGUAAGAAAGCUUUUACAGAGAGCGGAAGUUUAAAGAAACACAUGAGAAUCCACACAGGAGAAAAGCCAUUUAGCUGCUCCGUCUGUAAGAAAGCUUUCACAGAGAGUGGAAAUUUGUAUAAACACAUGAGAACCCAUAGCCGCAAGCCAAUUCAGAAGAAAUGCAUGAGAAGCCACACCGGAGAGAAACCAUUUAGCUGUUCAAUCUGUAAGAAAGCUUUUACACUAGGUGAAAAUUUACAUAAACACAUGAGAACCCACACAGGGGAGAAACCAUUCAGCUGUUCAAUCUGUAAGAAAGCUUUUUCCGCAAGCGGAAGUUUACAUAGGCACAUGAAAAUCCACACAGGAGAGAGACCAUUCAGCUGUUCUGUCUGUAAGAAAGCUUUUUCGGUGAGCGGGAAUUUACAUAAACACAUGAGAACCCACACAGGAGAGAAACCAUUUAGCUGCUCAGUCUGUAAGAAAGCUUUUACAGAGAAUGGAAGUUUACAUAAACACAUGAGAAUCCACACAGGAGAGAAACCAUUCAGCUGCUCCAUCUGUAAGAAAGCUUUUACUGUGAGUGGAAGUUUACAGACACACAUAAGAACCCACACAGGAGAGAAAUCUUUUAGCUGCUCAGUUUGUAAGAAAUCUUUUAUACUGAGUGGAAAUUUACAUAAGCACAUGAGAACCCACACAGGAGAAAAACCAUUUAACUGCUCAGUCUGUAAUAAAGCUUUUACAGAGAGUGGAAAUUUACAUAAACACAUGAGAACCCACACAUCAUAGAAACCAUUUAGACAUGUGGAGUAUAGCUUCAGUCAAGAAGGAGAGCAGAGCUCCUCAGUCAGGGUUAAACACUUUUUAAUUUAAAAUUAAUGAGGUCUCUAAAAGUGAUAUGAGAUGUAAUACUGUCGAUCUUUUAAAAAAAGCCAGAAAAUCUAAAAUCCAUCUUAUUUUAGAAAUUAUUUUGACAGUGCUUAAAAUCAAUUGGAUUAUGAAGUUAAUGUUUGGAUCUUUAAUAACUCUCUUAGUCUUAUUCUUGUUGCACUUGGAGUAGAUAUCCUUUAGGCAGGGGAGGGCACCAUCUAUUGUAUGUUUACCUAUAAUCAUGCUUUGCAGGGCCUUACCGUCCUUUUCUGUGCUGUUUCUGUACAAAGCAUGAUGAGGUGAUGUUCCCUGUCAGGAAGCUCUUGAUGAUGCAGGAUUAGAAAUUCCUCUGUAUUUGAGGGGAUAUCUGGAAGUUCCUCAGGCGUCUGAAACUCUGCCUUGACUUUCUCACCACUUAGUCAGUAUUCAGCGCCCAGACCGUCAGUGAACAUGAACCAAUCAACAUGAACGUUAAAGGUCCAAUAUGUAAUACUGACAGCUAGCGUUUAAAAUGGUUACUGCAGUCCAAAUUCAAAAUACUGGAGAGUCAUCUCCCCCGUUCCCUCCUCCCCAGCGUCGAAGUUCACGGGGGUUGCCAGGUUGCGAACGUUAAAGCCAACGUCCCACAAUGUAAAUGUUAACUAGAUGCUAGUCUCGCAUUGCCAGACAUAACUCCACAGUGCAGCGGAGUUUCUAGAUGCUGCUAUGUUGACAGUUAUAAAAGCCGGUGCUCUCGUGGAGCUCUGUACCCGGCCGACAGUUACAUUUUAAUGGCUAAACGUAACAACAAUGACCGUGACCUUGCAGAGCUUUGUGCCCGACUGACAGCCACCCUUUCUCCGCUUAACGUCACUGCAACAGCCGCUAAAAAGAUCCCGACCACGCAGUCGUCACUGUUUUUCGGCUACGGCCGCUGAACAGAAGCAGGGAAAGAAUUUCGGCAGGGGGGAGAUUUCUCGGUACUAACAUUACUAUUUUACAGACCCUGUUAUACAGCUUGUCUUUACACUGCACAUUACACUUUAUGGUUGCAUGCCAGUUUGUAUCUAAGUGGGAAUCAUCUUAUCACAACCUUGAAGCUUGCGAUGGUAACGUUAGCCACAAGAAUAUUCCAUAACAUCCAUCGCAGAGAGACUUGUAGAGAACAUACAAUCCAGUAAUUCAGGCUACAGGGUUGUUUUGCCAAAGUUAAAUAAAUAAAUAAAUGGAAACCAUUAUUCAGAAGUCAAACUUGCUGUUUCUCUCAUAUGUCCAUCAUGGCGGUUGGCUGUGGCCCACUUGCCUGGUCCUCCGGUAAUGUUAGCGUGUUAGCAUGGCGGCGUUUGCACCAGUUGGGAUCACUUCACCGGCUGUCUCAUUUUUUUGCAAGUAACUAACUCGAGUACUUUAUAAUUUAAUGCAACCACAUGGAUGUUGAAAUGAGUGAAAAUUAAUAAAGCUCAAUGCUUACCUGUUUAGGAGGAAAUUAGCCAACUCUGUGUCCUUUUGGGCUGUAAGCUGUCUCCAUCUUUUAAAUGCAUCUCCAAUAUUUACCCAUGUUUUACCACGUCUUUGGUCACGCAACUGUUUAGAAAUAUGAAUAUAAGUUUGUUUUAGGUCGGGUAGAAUGGAUCUAUCUCUGUUAAUCCAAUUAGUUUGGUUGCUGCUACCAUCGCUGCAGCCCGUUGUUUUUGCGGGUUUGUUUGUUUCAUGUCUGGCAACCCCGGUGUCAAAAUGGGCAGUUGACAACAACACACAGUCCAAAAUAAAAACAGACAUUGUCCCGGAAUGGACAUUUCAAAGUAAAAAAUUCUGGCUUUAGCAUUGUUGUCAGAGAAGAUAGUAUUUCAACUUACCAUGUUUCCUUAAUUACUGAUGACAUAUUAUGGUAAUCUUUUGAUUAAAUACAGUAAAUAUAUUACAUAUUGGACCUUUAAACAAGUCAUGUAAGGAUACAUUGAUGAUUCUCCAGGAUGUUAGUUAUACUGUAUGUUCUGUUUACUGUGUACUUUGUUAUUUUCUUCAUUGUGUCUUAGUAAUGCUUUUCUUUAAGUGGGUAGCAUUUAUAUGUCAUGUGCCCUAUGUCACAUUACCUCUUGAUGAGACUGUAAAGCAUCGCCUGGGGCAUGUUUAAUCUCAAAAAUGUGUGCACCAUUUUUCUACGCACAAAAGAAGACGUACGCCGCUCUCACAAAGCCAUUCUUACAAUUAAUAUCCUACACAAACACCUGUUUGAUCGAUCUGCGGUGAAAACCAGACAAAAUAGAAUAAGAUAUCAUCGUAAAUUUGAAUGAAGAUAUAUUUGGAAAAAGAAAACUCAAAUAUGUUCUGGAAUUAUAUUGGCAUGUUAUGGAAUUUAUUCUCAUAAAUAAUAAGAUAAACAGGAACAAUGUUUACACUAAUGCUGUUUUCGAUGCCUCCGUCUGGCAGAGCACGGCGCUUUAAUAUGGUCACCAUAUACAGACAGUAUCAUAGUCUUUUAUUUUUAUGGCUUUAGAUCGUUUUAUUUUUGUUUUUAAAUGUUUGUUUUAUUGAAGGCAUGUUUUAAGCAUUGUGAAAGGUGCAACAGAAAUAAAGUUUUACUAAUCACAUG